AUGCUGGGCCCCGCUGGCACCUCACGUCGUGGCUGGUGCAGAUGGGUAGCUGCCCUACUGCUGCUGACACAGUGCAGUUGGCCUUCUGGCUUCGUGGGCCGGACUGGACUUCGUGCGACACCUGCCUCGGCAGGGGAGGCCGAUGUCAGCUACAAGGAGGAGCUACAGAGCCUGUGCGAUGAGUUUCGCAGCAAGCAGGAGGAGAUGUGGGAGAUGAUGGACGAGCAAGAGCAGUCCCAGAAGUCCAGCAAGUCAAAGGGGAAGUCCAAAGCAUCCCUCCUCCAGGCAGAGAGCUUUGCAGCUCAAAGGGUUGAGCUGGGUGAAGAGCUGGAUGCCCUGCGAAAUGGCACCAUCCAGGCUAUCGAACGCGUGGCCGCACAGAAUCCCAACAGCGCGCCUCUGAAAGGGUGGAGAGGUUUCGGAGGAGUGCAGCCAAGCGAGUGCGCCCUUAACGGGACAUGGAAGCUCAUCUUCACGGAUGCCGCAGACGCGACUUUCAAGAAGAGCAAGCGAGGUUCAGCCAACACCUUCCAGGAAAUAGAUGCCGAAGCCGGCUGGUUUAUCAACUGCGUGGACUUCUCCAACCCGGAAAGCAAGCUACGCGGCUUCCGCGUCUUUGUGGAGGGCAGGGCCUUGAAUGACUUCGAGGUUGAGUUGAUCUUCCGAAAGGUACGCUUGCUGAGACGCUCCCGCUUCCUCCCGGAGAUUACCAUCCCCCUCCCAGGUCCCGGCUUUCUUCGGAAGAUCGGCCGGCUAUUUGCUCGACGCAAAGGGGGAGAGGUGAAUCCCAGCGACCGCGGAGCAGGAUUCAAGCUGCUUUACGUGGAUGAAAACCUUCGCAUCCACCAGACCUUUGAUGGUCUCUACUUUGUUCAGAAGCGUCUGGCUUAG